AUAUUUGUUGUUGUUGUGGUGUUUGUUUGAGAAAAGUUUUUACUUCACCGGUACUAUAAAUUAUUUAUCAAAGAAUUACUACAAAUUCAAACUAUGGAAGUUACUGUACGAAGUCUUCGAUUAUUUAACCGGCUUCUACGAAGGCCUAUUGGUGUAGCAACGCUAAAGAAUGUUAAUUCUCCCGCCGUGAAAGAAGAAGUGAACACAGAGCUAUUAAAUUCCUUUAAUCAAGAUAUAAAAGCUGGUGGAGCGGUCCCAGUGUUCCGCCGAGCCCUCCUCUUCCCUACAAGGGUUGCGUUACAAGAUGACUUUGGUAUUUACACAUAUGCAGGCCUGUAUCAAGCUGCGGCUACACUCAGCAAUGAGAUUGCAACACAACUUGUGGGAGAAACGGAGCGUACAAUAUGCUACAUGUGCAGUAACGAUGCCUCACACGUCAUCGUGCAGUGGGCUAUAUGGAUGUCAGGCAAUAUUGCUGUUCCCUUAACACCACUACAUCCGCCAGAUAUGCUCAAGUAUUUUCUAACAGACAGUUGCGCCGACCUUGCAAUCUGUACCCAGGAUUAUGAGAAGACGCUACAACCUCUUACUUUAGAGACGUCAAUACCACUGCUCAUAACUGGCAAAGAUAAAGAGAUCACAGCGCAGUUGUACCAACCUGACACGUCGUUUUUGAAGCCGAAGCUGGACGAUUUGUUGGCUGAUGUUGGUAGAACGAACCUUUGGUAUGGGGAUGCGGAGGCGCUGAUUAUUUAUACGAGUGGUACAACGAGCAAACCAAAAGGUGUAGUGUGGACCCACAAUAUGCUGCAAGCACAAAUAUCGUCCCUACACACAGCAUGGCAGUAUUCGUGCAAUGACGUAGUAUUACACACGCUCCCGCUGCACCACAUACACGGACAACUCAACUCUAUGAACGCAUCUCUAGCGGCUGGAGCCAGGAUACGCAUGUUACCAUCGUUCGCGUCUCACGUGGUGUGGGCGCGGCUACUGGGUAUGGGUGAGAGGGAGGAAGCCAAGCCGACCGUGUUCCACGGAGUGCCGGCGAUGUACGCGCGGCUGGCGGCCGAUCAUCUCCGCAUGUUCGCCGACGAGCGAAGCACGCAAUACGUGCGCACCGCACUUGCGCGCAUGCGCCUGUUUGCGGCAGGAUCCGCGCCGCUUCCGGACAGCCUCUUCCGGAAGUGGGAACAGAUAUCGGGCAUGCGAUUACUGGAGCGAUACGGCAUGAGUGAAGUGGGCAUGGCUCUGAGUAACCCGUACCGACCAACCGCGGCCCGCACGCCGGCCCACGUGGGCGGCCCGCUGCCCGGCGUCGCGGCCCGCAUUGCGACCCCCACCGACGGCGGCCUUGCCGCGCUCGUUACCGUCGAGUGCUCGGGACCUGAUACUUGUAUAUCUCUUGAGAAACUGGGCCUGACAAAAGAGCACCAAUCGAAUUCAGAACAGUCAGAGUGGCAGCCGCCCAAAGUAACAGUACACCAGCUGAGCGAAGACGGCACCUACCAAGGGGAACUGCUUUUGAAGGGACCCGGGGUAUUCACCACGUACUGGAAUCGCACGCCGAAACUUGAUUCAACCGAUUUCACCGAUGACGAAUGGUUCCGUACUGGCGACACAGCUUUAUACGCCGACGGUAAGUUCAGAAUUUUAGGUCGUACCUCCAUAGAUAUAAUCAAAACUAGUGGCUACAAAGUUAGCGCGUUACAAGUCGAAUCGGCUAUACUGGAACACAGCAGUGUGGCCGACGCAGCCGUGUUAGGCGUCGAGGAUGAAGACUAUGGAGAAAUAGUCGCAGCUGUUGUAGUUUUAAAGGAAAACACUCAAAUCACGCUUAAAGAGUUGAAAGAUGAAACAGGGAAGAAACUGGCACCGUACCAGCUACCGAGGACACUGUUGAUAAUAAAGCAAAUGCCGAGAAACGCAAUGGGCAAGUUAGAUAAAAAAGAAAUAAGGAAAUUAUACGGAAAAGACUUAGGACUGAAGAAAGGGUCGAAAAAGUAAGUUAGAGUAUUGAAAAUUAAAUUAUAUUACUUUAAAACAUAACUGAAUUUCCGAAACAGAACAUUAAAAAAUUAAAUUACUUUAAAACAUAACUGAAUUCCCGAAACAGGAUAUACAAAAUUAAAUUGCCUUAAAACAUGAUUGGAAAAUUUUAAAAGGCAUAAAUAUUUUUAUGCGUAUGUAAGGGAAUUUAAUGAACUUACUAUCUAUGUGUAAGCGUCUCGUUCUGUGCCUCAAAAAACAAAAUAAUUAAAAUUAAAUUUUGUAAAAGUUAAUUGCAGAUAAGACGUGUGGUGUCGAUCGCAUCUAGGUACAGACUGCGUGGCGUGCGUUGCGCCGGUUAUAAGUUUUUAAAAACGACCACGACACCGCACGCAGAGACAAUAACAUAGACAAACAUAAUUUUAAUUAUUUUGUUUUUUGAGGCACAGAACGCGUCGCUUACACUAUGUUUUAUUUUUUUUUCAAUUGUUUCGAGUUUGUACCGAAAUCUUGCGAGUGCUGCUUCGUGCCUUGCCUCAAAAAAUGUUAGUACAAUAAAAUGUACAUAUUU